GUUUCAGCAACACAAAAAAAAAAAAAACUAUGAAAAUUCUUCGUUUGUUUGUUGUUCUAAAAUUAUAAAUAAGUUUUCCCGGUUCUUCAACAUUUCGACCUUCAACAUGCAUCGUCGGGGGGUAGAUAAUUUUGUGCGUGAAAUUGUCGCUGCCGACUAUUUUCCCAUCCUCGGUCAACAACAUCGAAUUAUUCACAAGUUUCAGCCCAUGCGAGAGGAGGAUGUGUCAUCGGGGUCGGGGUCGAUUGGAAGAGGAUCACAGCAGAGGAAGAGAAGUGCAUGCGACUAUCGUCGGUAUAAUAAGGCAACUGAGGCAAUCGAGUCCUUUGACAGCUUGGAGCGAGUCUCUUACGUGGCUAAUGCCUCAAAAUUGUCUACCAAUCUGGAGUCGCAGGUUACCGUGUAAUAUAGAUGGCCAACAACGACAAGGUAAUCAGAGUAAGUGGCGCCACUAUGACAUCGAGAUCAAGGACCGUUUAUGGUCACUUUGGGGUAGCCUUCAUCCGAGGGCCAGUUGGUUCGAUCGCAUGGUCCGGGGGCGGCAAAUGUUGGGCUGCUAUGUGAUUGCAUGCUGUGCGGGCUGCACAUUUCGACGCUUGGACGAUUGGAAUUCCAAACUCCUCGAUGCCAUUGUCGUCAAUGGGGACAAAUAUUAUCGCGAGAGUGUCCAGCACAGCGAACGCUGGGAUCAUAACCUCCAAUUGGAUGACAUGUGCAUGCAAUGCACCUUUCAGGACAUUCAUUUUCAAGUGCAAACCGAGCUGACAGCCUUCGGUGAAUUAUAUAGCUCACCGGCCAGUGAGGUAAUGAAUCUAUCGGAGGGCCUCAAUUACUUUUUCACCCGCUAUCAGUGGGGUAUUUUGGAAUGCCAGGAAAGACGUCUAGCUUUCGGCUAUACAUCUGUCCAUGAUGGUGGUUACUUUAUCUACGAUUGCAGUGAAUGGGGCGAACCAAUAUUUCCCGACAAUAUGGGGGCAUCGUAUAUCCUACGAGCAAAGCAAUUGCUCGUUCUUCUCUAUUGCAUGAUUGUCACCUUAAAUGUGAGACGCAAGAAUGUCGCAUUUCGAUUGUAUAAGGUGGAUAUCGUACGAAAUUCAAAUUCAAUAUCCAAUUCAAGCAAUAAUCCCAAACUCGAUUGAUUGAUGGUAACAAUUAUAGACCAGAAUUAAACCUUUAAAUUGGGCAACAAA